UAUUUAUGUCUGGACAGACAGACCUGUCCCUGAGAUCGGUGAUCCCUUCAUUGUUGGGGGAGACUCCUAGUUUUGGGAAGAACUGACAAUUUUCUCGUCUUCAGAAGUUAAUUUAGAUGUUUUAAAUGCUUUUUUUACGAUCAGUAGUCAAUAAUUCCGGGUUUUACAGUGUUUUUGUAUGAUCCAGGCAUGACGAGGCGAUCCUAACCUCCUCCGGCAAUCAAAACAAAUCCCCAAACCCCAUUUUUCAAGUUUAUAAAUAUAUUUACGUGCCACGAGUGACGAUAAAUAAUCAGAAAUGAAUGAAAUUCUGGACGAAAACUUCAGGAUUUAUUAUCCAAAAAUAGAGAAUUCGCUUAAAAAUGCUUCGUUUAUAGCUGUUGAUGCUGAAUUCUCGGGGAUUAACACUGACAAUGUUCCAGAACUCACAUUAUUUGAUACAAUCCAGGAGAGGUACGAGAAGCAGAGACAAAACAUAGCACCCUUCAGUGUCAUUCAAAUAGGUCUGACGGCGUUCACAAGAGCCAAACAUGAGAAUAAAUACAUCGCAGAGCCUUUCAGAUUUUAUUUGCUAUCGAGAUCACUAUUGCAUGGCACCAAUCAGAAUUGUCAAUGGGAGAAAACAUCAACGAACUUUCUGCGAAAUCAUAAUUUCGAUUGGAAUAAGCUGAUGUACGGAGGCAUCUCCUACUUGAACACCCAGGAGCAGAGUAAAAUGAAGAGCCUCCUCAAGACGAACGACUACAUGAGCAACAUGGGGGCCUUCGCCUCUCUGCACGAGGAGAACAAUCUUCUGCGAUCGAUAAAAAUCGUGUCAGAGUGGCUGAAGGACUCCCCUGAAUCCGAAAAAUCCACGGAGAUCACCUGCGAGGAUUUUUUGCAACUGUGUUGCCUCCAAAGGCAGUUGAGGAAGUCUUUCAAGACCAUCUGGACCGAGCACAAGGACCAGAAGAUCUUCGUCAUCAAAAUCGAUCCCGAGACCCGGAAGAUUCUGGAGGAGAGGGACCAGACUUUCUUCGAGGAGCAGCUCCUGGAGUACACAAUGGGCUUCACGAGGAUCUUCAAGCUACUCUGUGCCCUGAAGAAGCCGCUCGUUGGACACAAUCUCCUGCUGGAUCUCAUGUUCAUGUACAAGCAGUUCCACGAGGAUUUACCCAGGAGUUACGAGAACUUCAAGAAGGAGAUUCACCAGCUCUUGCCAGUGGUAUAUGACACCAAACUGUUGAGCUAUGAGAUGAGGAAAAUUGUGGAUCCGAGGGAGGAAGGACAAGACAAAAAGAAGAAGAGAGAGAAGGGGAGCUCUAAUAUUCUCGGAGAGCUGUACAAAUACUUUAAGGAUGGAGAGGGAAGGCUAUUAGGCUGGAAUUCCCCGCAGAUCGAAUUUCCAGACGGCACGACGACCGACACGGAGGCGUAUCACGACGCAGGCUGGGACUCGUACUAUACCGGCUUCUGUUUCGUGAAGAUAGCUCAUAUUUUUGCAUCUUUUCCCCGAAAAAGUUUCUGUAGCAUGUUGAAUUCUCGAGAAUUGAGUCACGUUGAGAUGAUGGCCAGCCUCAAGGACCACGUGAACCGUGUGAAUCUGAUUCGAGCUGAUGUGUCCCAUUUGAGGCUUGAUGGACCUGAUCCCCCGUCGACGAGACCCCCCUGGCUGAAUAUCAGCGCCGUGAACUCGAGGCCCAUUAGCACUGACGAGAUUCUACUGGCCCUAUCGCCCUACGACUCCUGCGAUGUCCAGUCGAACUCCUCGAAGAGCAUCCUCGUAGCCGCCCCCAAUUGGCGCACGGCUAGGGAUAUUCUUCAGCACUUUCAGAACAGUAAGGACUUCCGGGCCGCUCCGUAUAACCUUCUGAAGCACUCACCAGCUGUCAAGUCCUUCCUCUGGGGAACACUGGCGAUAUCUGGAAGUAUGCUGGCACUGCUGAUUCAUCGAGCCAUUCAGAAGCCGUCUGUUUCGUAGUAAAAAAUAAAGAAAAUAAAAAAAACAAAAGUCAUAAUUUUUUUUUCUCUCUUUUGAACAAUGAAAACGACGACUCGAACAUUUUUUUACUAGAAUUCAUGUCCCUCGUGGGCGAUUAUGAGUUAUUUUGGGUGUUUACACCACAGACGAUCGAGUAUUUAACUGUUAAAAAGUAAACAGAUUAUUAGGGAAGACAACAGUUGGUUGAGACAGUUGGUUUUUCACUCAAAUUCUCUGUCAAUAAAUUAAGAGGCCUCGAGAGUAAAAAAAAAACUGAAGGAUAGAUUCGACGAGUUUGUUCAUUUUCUAGGAAUUCGAUGAAAAGACCCGAAGGUCGUCUGAAAAGAAUAAAUAAUUUAAAUAAAUGUUCAAAAACACGAGGUGAUUGAC